AUGUGCCCGGAGAUGGCGAACCGCUCCCUCUCCGCCGGAAUCAGACGUUUUGUGUUAGGCGCAAGAACUCUGUGCAGCACGGUUGCUUCUCGGGCUUCCUCGUUCUACGUGCCCUUCUUGAGCAAACUCAAAUCCCCGAAGCAGAAUCCAUUGCUGGCGCUUCAAAAUUGGGUGGACGAAGGCAACAAUGUUUCACCCUACCAGCUCAGAAGCAUCGGUAGAACCCUCAUCAAAUGGAAACGCUACCACCACGCCCUCGAGUUACUUAAAUGGAUUGAAAACCAGAAGAAUUUCCAUAUGGUCCCAGCUGAUCAUGCUAUGAAAUUGGAGUUAAUCAUUGAAAAUUAUGGUCUAGUGGAAGCUGAAGAAUAUUUUAUGAAUCUACCUGACUCAACUGCAAAGAAGGCUGCCUGUCUUACUCUUCUACGUGCCUAUGUAAGAGAUCGGGGCACUUGUAAGGCAGAGGCGUUAAUGGUGAAGCUCUAUGAACUGGGCCUAGUGGUGAGCCCUCACCCUUUUAAUGAGAUGAUGAAGUUGUAUCUAGUGACAUGUGAGUACAGGAAGGUACCCCUUGUUAUCCAGCAAAUGAAGCGGAAUAGAAUACCCUGCAAUGUGCAGUCGUACAAUCUUUGGAUGAAUGCUUAUAUUGAGGAAGAAGGAUAUGGGAUUGCAGCGGUGGAGACAGUUUUUAGACAAAUGCAAAAUGACAAGAACGUUGAAGUGGGAUGGAGCAGUCUUGCUACAUUAGCCAAUGUUUAUAUCAAAGCAGGACAAUCUAAGAAAGCCACUCUGGUUCUCAAGGAUGCCGAAAAGAAACUAUCUACCUGCAACCGUCUUGGUUACUUCUUCCUCAUAACACUAUAUGCUUCUUUGAAGGAAAAGGAAGGAGUGUUGCGGUUAUGGGAAGCUAGUAAGGCAGUUGGUGGAAGAAUCAGUUGUGCUAACUACAUUUGUAUACUAACAUGCUUGGUGAAACUUCAGGACAUUGUACAAGCCAAGAGAAUCUUCUUAGAAUGGGAAUCUAAUUGUCAGAAGUAUGAUAUCAGAGUCUCUAAUGUUCUUUUGGGUGCAUAUAUGAGGAAUGGAUUAAUGGAAGAAGCAGAAUCAUUACAUCUCCACACAUUGCAAAAGGGUGGUUGUCCAAACUAUAAGACAAUGGAAAUUCUUGUAGAAGGAUAUGUGAAUAAGAAAAAAACAGAUGAGGCUAUUAUUGCAAUGAAAAGAGCUUUGGCUAUGAUGAAAGACUGCCAUUGGAGGCCGCCACAUGGACUUGUGUUAGCCGUUGCGGAGAUUUUGGAGAAAGAUGGAAAUCUUGAAUAUGCAAACAAGUAUAUUGCAGAUAUCCAUAAUUUUGGUCUUACUAGUUUACCAUUGUAUAAAAUAUUACUAAGAAUGCAUCUUUCUGCGAACAAACCGCCUUUCCAUAUCCUUAAAAUGAUGGUUGAAGAUAAGGUUGAGAUGGAUGAUGAUACGCAUUCCAUCGUUAAAGCUUUCACGGGUUAA